AUGAGCUGGUCUGGAGGAGAUUGGAUGUGUGGUGCUUGCGAGCACAUAAAUUUCAAGAAGAGGGAAGCAUGCCAAAGUUGUGGGUACCCCAAGUAUGGAGGCCCUGACCCAUCAACCUAUAGAUAUAACAGGACUGAAACGUUGGCAGGGGACUGGUUUUGCACCGCUAUGAACUGCGGAGCUCACAACUAUGCAAGCAGAUCCAACUGCUAUAGAUGUGGUUCAUUUAAAGAUGAUUAUUCUUCUGGAUAUGGGGGUAACAUGGCCGGUUCUGGAGGAUAUGGAUCUGAUUGCAGUUCUCCACCAGGAUGGAAAAGUGGAGACUGGAUUUGCCCAAGAAUUGGCUGUGGAAUGCAUAAUUAUGCUAGCAGGACAGAAUGCUACAAAUGCAAAAUGCCAAGGGAUUAUGGUGGUGCUGACUGAAAGUAAAAGAAUUUCAAAAGACUUGCAGUAUCACUUACAAGUUAAAUCCCUCAACAUCUUCCUCUUCCAAACGACAUCCUAUUUAGCUUUCCACAUGUCAAGCUCUAGAUAAAUCAUGGAUGAAUGCCCUCUGUUAGAAUCAUAGCAAUGUUUUGUCAUUAGGAAGGUUAUCCAGCAGUUAUUGUAUCUUGCGAAAUGUACUAACAAGGUUAUGAAAUCCACAUAUAUUUUCCA